CCCCGAGAUUCCAUUUUGAUUCCGCUGUCUCGGUCCUCUACCGGUCAGGCGAUACAAGAUAUUUAGCACUCACCUCCAUCACCGUCCAAGGCAUACGCGGUAAAGUGGAAAGCCAACAUGGCUUACGAUAGCAAAGGGAAAGGCAAACCAAAGGCUCCGACGUGUCUGCACGAUGUGGUCGUGGAUUACAUCUCAAACCAAGCUUACUCUGCCACGGCUCAAGCUCUGACUAAGCAUCAGAGGGCGUCUGGACACGGCGGACGUACGACCAAUGGAUCGUCGGCGGAUGCCGGAAGACUGGAGUCUGAAGAUGUGGACAUGUCAGGAUCGACAAGCGGAUUGCCCACGAAUGGAGAUGUGACCAUGGAUGUCGGAGAUGUAGAGAGCUCAGAUGGAGGAGAUACGCCCUGUCUGCUCUCCGAUCAAGAACUGGAGUCCAUUGAAAGGCGUCGUGCCAUCAUCAAUUACAUUCUGAAUGGAGCCAUCAUUCGAGCUGUCGAAGCGCUCAACACGUACUUUCCAGCCGUUCUCGAUACCAGCGCUCCUGCAUCUCCAACAACUUCCCUCAGACCAAUGGGCAAUCCGUGGGCAGUCAGUCCAAGUCCAUCGGCUUCAACCUCUUCCCUUUCGGCUUUGCCUGCCAAACCCGCUUAUUCCACCACUACCACUUUGGGAUUGAACGUGCCGCCUCCAUCCGGGAUGGGUGGGACCUCUACUCCUGGUUCCGGAUCGAUCAGUAAUGGUUCUUCAACACCAGGCUCAUCAGACCUCACCAUCCCCGUAUUCCCCACUUCCACAACCCCAUCUCACGUCGCUUUGAAUCUCCAGAUCCAACAAUUUAUCGAGUCAUUCAGGCAAUUAGCUCCUUCUUCUCCUUCCUCAUCGACCAGUUCCAUCACUUCUCUCACUUCGUCCAUGUAUCUCCCUGUUCCCGGAACCAAUGGUACUACCACCACAUCGAACGGGAACGCCCUCGGGGCAUCUGGAUCAGGUCUCAGUCCAAAAAUAACACUUAUAAACGCUCUCACAGCGGCCCAAGGACUACAUACAGAAGCGAAGAAGCUACCGCCAGAAGUUCGAGCUGUGUAUUUACAAGAGAUCAAGGAUGUCGGAGCAUUGUUCGCUUAUACGGAUCCAGAGACGAGUAUACUCAAGGGAUUCUUGGACCAAAAUAGAAGGAUAGCUCUGGCGGAUCAAGUGAAUCGAGCCAUAUUGAAAUCUCAAGGAUUAUCUACGACAUCUUACCUGGAAGAUUGCGCUCGGCGAACGACCGCCAUCUAUUCAAUCAUCUCUCAGCGGGGCGUAGAUCCCAGACCAUCAAACUGGAAAGAACCUGAGACGGGCCGAGAAGUCUUGCUUGCGUACUGGAAGCACCACGUCGGACCAUCCGCUCAUUUCAGUCUGCGGGAAUUCGUCGGGCAACCGUGGUGAUUGCAGUGCUUCUCCCCGGACGAUCUCUCAGGAUACACUGUCCACCCGUUUUCGUACCUCGUUGUACCGUGCUUACCAUACGCAUGCAUGUACGUGUCUGACCC